UUAAUGGAUAAUGAUUCUGUACUUACAUUUUUUAGGCUUUCAGGAUUAAAUUACACAGUGCAACACAGAAUCAUUCUCUUUGUUCUCACGUUACUGUGUUACUCGAUCAUUUGGAUUGCAAAUGUUGUUCUCAUCAUAACCAUCACUGUGGACCGAAAACUUCAUGAGCCUAUGUAUAUUUUCCUGUGUAAUCUGUGUAUUAAUGGACUUUAUGGCACAGCAGGCUUUUUCCCCAAAUUCCUCACAGACCUUGUGUCUGACACUCACGUCAUCUCUUAUGCUGCAUGUCUUUUGCAGAGUUAUGUGAUAUACUCGUCAUGUGGAGCUGACUUAUCUAUUCUAGCUGUGAUGGCUUAUGACAGAUAUGUGGCUAUAUGUCAACCUCUGAUGUACCACUCUGUGAUGACUACACAGAGGAUAUCUCUGUUAGUUGCCUUCUUUUGGCUCUUACCUCUUUUUUGCAUGCUUGCUAACACAAUGACAAUAUUCCAAUUAAAGUUAUGUGGCUCACACAUCCCUAAACUUUACUGCUCAAACUCACUAAUUGCUAAACUAGCUUGCUCAACCCCUUUGACAAAUAUGAGCAUUUCAUAUUUUAACAUUAUUAUUUACAUUUUCCAUUUUUUCUUUCUUGUGUGGUCUUAUAUAUACCUGGUCAAAAAAUGCCUAACGUCCACGCAAGGAAGGAAGAAGUUUAUGCAAACAUGUAUGCCACAUUUGGUCUCUUUAUUUAAUUUUGCCACUGCAGUGCUUUUUGAUUUAAUGUACGCACGAUUUGGCUCAAGAAUAUUAUCACAGAGUCUUCAGAACUUCAUGGCAGUAGAAUUUCUUUUAAUUCCUCCUGUUAUAACCCCGCUGGUGUAUGGAUUAACAUUAACCGCAAUUAGAAGCAGAAUUCUUGUUUUUUUGGGGAAAAAAAAUAAAGUGUCGAAGUGA